AUCAUAAAAAAUGAGAAAGAACCUCCCCGCCCCGCGCGGACGAAUCUCAUUUCUCAGGUAGGAUCAAAAAACCCAGGCCAAGGCACGAUAAAAUUCCCCAACGUUUCUCUCUCCCUCGCUCUCGCUCUGGCAGAAAUGGAGGCAUUAUUGGCGAGUUACGUAGAGAACAGCCUGAACAAUUACAUGGGAAGAAACGCUAUCUUUCUCUGCGAACGCCUCUACGCUGAGUUUCCUUCCGAGGUGAAUUUACAAUUAUUGGCCAGAUGUUACUUGAAUAACAAUCAAGCUCAUUCUGCAUAUCAUAUUCUAAAAGGUAUGCAAAUGGCUCAGUCUCGCUACUUGUUUGCGCUCGCCUGCUUAGAGAUGGAUCUCUUUGGUGAAGCCGAAGCUGCGUUGCUGCCUAUUGAAGAGCUUAGUGCUGAGGUUUCAAAUGGUGCGGCUGUGCAAUAUCUUCUUGGCAUUAUAUACUGGGACACUGAUAGGAUGAAAAGUUCAGUUGAACACUUUAGAAAGGCUUUGUCAGUUGAUCCAUUAUUUUGGGCAGCAUAUGAGGAACUGUGUAUACUAGGUGAGGCAGAGGAAGCUACUAUUUAUUUUGGUGAUGCAGCUGUUCAUUAUGUUCAAGAGCAUUAUUUAGGUAAUGCAUCUAGUUUUUUGCAAAUAGCCGGUGUGGAUCAAAGCUUGGAUUCUUCUCAGACCUUUGGCUUAGAAGAUUUGAGUCUGCGCCGUUCACAGCAAAUGGAAGGGAACAACAUCAAAGAUAUAUGUCAUAAUAAUCAUGGGCGAUCUCUUUUAACGGGACCAGCUGGGCAAAUAACAAACAGCUGUUGCAAGAUAUCAGUUCUUAAUACUCCUUCUCCCUUGCUCACACAACUAUCAGAUAUGGCUCCAGCACCUCCAAUUAGAGACACACAACGUCCUCAAAGUGAAGGCUUUCUAAGAUCUAGUACACAAGCUCAAAGAAAAUUAGUUCAUGUAAAUGAAUCAGCACAGGUGGUAUUUACACAUUUAUGUCGUUGUUCUUACCCUCUUUACAUUGUUUUGCAGAGGAGUGAAGAAGCUUUGGAGAUGAUGGAAAAAGCUAUUGUCAUUGACAACAAAAAUCCACUUCCAAAGUACAACAAAGCAAAAAUGCUGGUGACACUUGGAAAAUUGAAUGAAGCUUUGGAAAUUUUGGAGGAACUCAAAGAGUGUACACCUCAUGAAAGUAGCAUCUAUGCAUUGAUAGGUGAAAUUUAUAAACAACAUAAAAAGUAUGACAAGGCAAUGCUUCAUUUUGGAAUCGCUUUGGACUUAAAACCGAGUACAUUGGAUGUUGCUAAAAUAGAGGCCGCCAUUGAAAAGUUAAUUAUACCAGAUGAAAUAGAAGAUGACUUUUAGCACUUGCCAGCUGCAAUAUAGUAAAUGUGAACAGAGAGACUUAGAGUGAAAUUUUUGGGUGCAAAAAGCCCCUGGUAUCUGAGGUACUUACUUGGCUUGCCUGCGACUUACGCUAGAAGAAGUUGGUAGAAGGUCCAGAAGAUUUGUAACCUUUAGGUUCUUCACUGCUUUAGAUGCACCUUUGGACAAGCUUGCAGCUUCUUACUAGUCCCAAACUGAUUAGGAUGUAAGUGUUAAAAUACCAAUUUGUGCUCAAGCUUACUAGCGGAAUAAACCUCUGGCAUUUACUUGAAUAGUCGUUUAAUAUUUCAUGCCUAGAAUGAACUUUUUGUAUUUAUUAAUAGUGUUUAGUUUGUUAGUCAAUAUCAGCUUAAUCCAAUGCGGUUUGUUGGCACCUAAUACACCCAAUUCUAGCAGUUUAAAUUCUAAAUGCAUAGAAUUUUGUCA